AAACUGCAGAAACGCAUGCUUCUGACAACGUCUGAUGUUCCAGAUGAAAUAUUGCACAAAUUCUAGCUUUUUUUCGAUUGUAUCUGAAUCAGUUAGUUUUUGAGGUGACUUACCACAGAGUGCUACAUUGAUAGAGAUGGCAUCAGAUGGAGAUCCACCACAACUUCCUCGAGGCCUGAUUGGAAGAACAGGGGCACCAAGCGGAAAAGGGGCCAGAUUACCAUCAAUAAGAGGACCUCGGGAUCUGACUUUGGGUGGUGUACAGAAGAAAGUGUUUGUACCAAAUAUACCUGCUAGAAGAGUUAAAAAUGAAAGUGGAACUAGUGAUGCAGCAGCAGCAUCAACAUCAACAUCAAAGCCCAAUGACAACAAGAACCAGCGCCCCAAUUCUGGCCACAGCGGUAGAGGUCGUGACUCUGGAGAUAGGGGCAGGGGGAGGGGACGAGGGAGGGGGAGGAUGUCAGCUAAUGUUAUACAGACUCACUCUCUGUUUGAACAAGGUCCUACAGAGAAAGUAAACAAGCCAACUGGAGGUGGAGAUUAUACGUACUCUGGAGGAGGACGUGGAGGAUCUAGUUCUAGUCCAAAGAAGUCUGUAAAAAGAGAGAGGACAGAUGAGGAAACUAAAGAAGUUCUAGAUCAUCUUCUAAGAGAUGAUUUUAUAGCAGGUGGUAGUUUUGAGGAAGAGGAUAUCACACUGAUGCCAGUCAAACUUCCGAUAGAAAUCAAAGCAGAACCAUCAGAGGACUAUACAAAGGUCAAGGUCAAAUCAGAACCAAUGGAUACAGAUGAGGUCAAGGAUGAAAUAAAAGGUCAAAGUCAAAAGGGUGGGAAAGAUGAAAUGUUGAAAGGGAAACCCAAGGAAAGACAGAUAACAUGCAGUGAAUUGUUUACAAACCCAGUCAAAUCAGAGGAAGGACAGUUACUGUAUUUCCAACUACCAGACAUGCUACCUGGUCUGCCUGUAACAACAGAUGAAGACUUUAAGAAAAAGAAAACUACAGAAAAAUCUGGUAAUGAACAGGAAAAUGAACUAAGCAAGAAAAUGAGUGGAUGUAAUCUGGAUAACUUCAGUGAAGGUGUUAUUGGAAAGUUGGUGGUACGCAAGUCAGGGCGGGUACAGCUGAUGUUAGGCAACACUUACUUAGAUGUUAACAUGGGCACACCAUGUGGUUUUCUACAGGAUGUUGCCUCAGUAAAAGUGAAUGGAGAACAGGGUGAUAUAUCUGUGUUAGGACAUAUAGAUCACAGGCUUGUGUGUACACCAGACUUUGAAAUGCUACUAGAUAGCACUUGAUACAUAAUUCCAGUAGUUUAGAGUAUUCUUUUCCAUAACAGCAAAUAAGUCAGUAAGUGACUGUCUUCAAUACUGGCUGGCACAGAUGGGGGAAUAGUUAUUGUACAGAAUGCCAUUCUAUGAAGAUAGACUUUAUUCAAAUGUUACCAAGUGUGUAACAGCCUUUUGAUGGAAGGUACAUUCUGACAGUCACAGCCGAUUAGUAAUGGGACUAGGGAAGACAUAUUUGUCUUGUUAUAUGUUUUAUUCAUACUAGAAAACAGAUUAUCUGUUCUGUUAGUUGUUACUGAAAUAAAUGUUUUUGAAAAAUGAA